GGAUUUAAAAUUAAAAAAGUACAGCAAACUUCAGGUUUCUUGCUACGGUAAAAAAAUCAAGAAGAAGAUUUUCCACCUCCUGCUCGCUCAGUCGAGUUCAGUCGUUUCAGUUCGCUCUUUGCGUGUUGUUUUGUUGUGUGAAAAUUCUGUGUGUCCAGUGUAAUCCAUCCAGAGUUUCUGGUGGAGUGUGUUAUACCCCACAAGUCCAGUCCAACUAUGGACGAGUAGAAACGUUUGUGCACAAUGAGUAUUUACACAGGUGAUUCGAUAAAAUUGCAAGAUUACUCCAUGGUGGAGCACAAUUCGUCCCCUGGGCAUGUACAGUUGAGUGAAAAGUGUGGGGAGAAGGUCUUCCUGGCGGAGACCUUUUACAUCAGCUCCAAGAAAAAUACAGUGUUUCAGGUGCGUCUCACGGAAAAGGGAUUGUGCCUGCGAAAGGAGUCCAGCAAUGGUGUGAAGGAACAAACAAUCCUUCUGGCGGAUAUAAUUGGGUGUCGGUGCUUGCGGAGCAAGAGAAGAGGUCAUGGGGGGUCUGCAUGUGCAUGCUCAGCCCUUCCUGGGCCAGCACAGCUGAAAGUGGUGGAAGCAAAUUCGGGGGAACAGGAUGAAUCGGAUGCCAGUGCAUAUCUCUAUAUUUACGCGUACAUCCUCAAGAGGAGUCGUCGUGGUGGUCGUCGGGAACGUACCACAAUUACUCUCAGAUUCCGUUCUUUUGAUAAAUAUGAGGAUAACAAUCGUGAAGCCCAAAAGUGGCGUACAGCAAUCAAAGCUCUCAUCAAUGAUGAGAUUCCCAAGACUCCCACGUACACUCCCUCAGACACUAGAAAGAUGCUCGUGCUGCUUAAUCCCAAAUCCGGCUCCGGUAAAGCUCGUGAGUCCUUCCAACAGCGUGUAGCGCCAAUUUUUGUGGAGGCGGAACUCCCCUUUGAACUCCAUGUAACUAAGAGGGCUAACUACGCGAGGGAGUUUGUGCGUACGAGGGAUAUAUAUGCCUUCAGAGGCAUUGUGGUGGUGGGAGGCGAUGGGAUCUUCUACGAGGUGAUCAAUGGGAUGCUGGAGCGAGCGGACUGGGAGCGGGCUUUGGAGGAAGUCAGCGUGGGAAUUAUCCCAUGUGGAUCUGGAAAUGGACUUGCAAGGUCUAUUGCCCACAUUUACGGUGAACCAUAUGAGCCUAAGCCCGUUCUGGGAGCCACACUUAAUGUGAUUCGCUGUCGAUCCACUACCAUGGAUUUGGUUCGAGUGGAGACAAAAAGUCAGAUUAUGUAUUCGUUCUUAUCAAUUGGUUGGGGACUGAUAUCGGACAUCGACAUUGAGAGUGAGAGACUCAGAGCAAUCGGAGGUCAGCGAUUUACCCUCUGGUCAGUUCAUCGAUUAAUAAGUUUAAGGACGUAUCAGGGACGUGUCUCAUACUUGCCGGCCAGUCAAAUUGUCACCAAUGGUGGAACUGGAGAGAAGCAAUUUGAGGGGAGCUUUGGCAGAUCUUCAGGUACAAUGAUGAGGCACAGUCUGAGCUACAAUACAGCCCUCGAUUGUCCAGAUUGCCAUGGUGAUGGUGAUUGUGAGACUUGUGAUACGGGAUUUGGGGAUGUACUGUCACUGGAGACAUCCACUGGAGUUGAUUCAUUCCGUCCACGUUUGGAUAGUUGGUACUCUGCCACAUCCCGCAAGAGUGCAUACUAUUCAACAGCUGAGAGUAUCUACCGGAGUGUUCAUGAGAAGAAUUCACAGGAUGGCAGUCAGGCUGAUGACGAGACACAGUCUCAUCAGAUGUUUGGACCAGCAUCCAAGAUACCUGCCCUCACGACUCCCGUGCCAGACACGUGGACAACCAUCGAGGGGGAUUUUGUGAUGGUACAUGCUGCCUAUCAGAAUCAUUUGGGUUCUGAUUGCUUCUUUGCUACGGCCUCUAAACUCAAUGAUGGAAUCAUUUGGCUAUGUAUCAUUCGUGGGGGAGUGUCGAGAUCGCAACUGUUGACUUUUUUGCUGGGUUUGAGCUCGGGAACACAUAUUCCUAGUACACAGAAUGACUACAUCCAAAUGAUUCCAGUGCAGGCUUUUCGACUGGAGCCAACUAGUGGAGGACCGCCGGGAUGUGUGACUGUUGAUGGGGAAAGGGUGGAAUAUGGACCGAUUCAGGGAGAGAUUUUCCGAAAUAUGGCCAAUGUGAUGGUUCCUGCGCAAUCGUAAAAACUUCCACCGCCGAGUUUAGUGAAUUUUUUUGCGUCAAUUUUCAAAGAAUAUUAAAAUUUUUAAAUAUGGUUAGUGUCUGAUGGUAACCAUUUCAUCGGCGUAUCUAGAUGAUUUGCAAUGCAAUUCAAGCAAUUUUUCAAGAAAAAAAAUAUCAUUAACAAGAAAAAAAAACAAUAAAAAAUGGGAAGCUCUCUACUUAAUGCAAAUUUACUCACAGGAAACUUUAAUUUCAGCAUUUUUAUUAAUUUUUUUUCUCUGUGUCCUAUGAAACAUUCCACAAUCUCAUUAUCAGCCAAUUUGGCACUUUUUUGGGAUGAGAGAGAUCAGAAUAACAAAAAAUAUCAUUAGUCGUUUAUUAUCUUUUUUUAUAACACAAUCUUAUACUAAAUGAAACUAACACUAGGAAAAUGAGAAAAAAAUACAAAGCUAAACUAAAGCAAAGCUCACACAUGGGGCUGUGAAUAAGAAGAAAAGAAAUGGGAAAAAAAAGAAUUAAAGAUGAAAAAAUAAACAUGGAAAAUAAGCAAAUAUUUGUUAUGUAAAAUACACGUAAAAACUUAUACUUCAAUAUUUAAGAGUAAGGGGUUGUUUAAUGUGAGCUAUAAUUUACUAUUUUUGGUUUUUAUUUCGUGCUAGUAUCAUUAAGGAUGGAAGUAUUCAUUACACUAAUACAAUUCACGUCUCUCGGAAUGUCUUACGAAGUUAAUCAUUGUAGCUAAGAAGCUAGAAGCAGUAAUAAAAACAAGUGCACAAAAUAUGUAAAUACACACUGGAAGAUUGGAUAUCACGUUAGGUAUCGCUCGUGUUUCAUAAAUACGAUAAAAAAAAUAUUUAGAACGUGCAAUCGUCAUUUAACAUGAAGGAGAUAUCGUUAAAGUAAUUGAAAUGUUUUUUUUGCAACUCAUGUUACCAUUAACCAGUUAAAGAUUUAAUAGAAAAGUAUAAGAAAUUAAAAAUAAACGAAUAAAAUAAAUAAAGAGAAAUAAAACAUUUAAUAUAUCGAGAAUACUGUUAAAUAUUAAUACUAGGGGACAGCGGGGCAGUUUGAGAUAGGGGCGAUUUAAAUUGCAAAGGUGGUGAGAAUUGAUGUUGAAUACAAAGGAAGUUAUGAGCGAAAAUGGAGUACAGAUUGAGUAUCUUGGAAAUUAAAAAUGAUAGAGGCCAGAAACUUUAUAUACAAUUUCUUAGUUACAUCUAAAAACUUUAGUUUUAAGGAAUUUUGCUUAAAAUUAAAGUCUUUGGAAAGUUUUAAAAGGAUAUUGUUCAGUGAAUUUCUUAAAUUUGAAUUAGUAAACAAAGGCACUUGUCAAGUAAGAUAGAAUUAGUAUUCAUAGAUUCAAUGUUCAUUAUUGCAACUACAACAAUGGACAUAGAAAAGGGGAAAAAGCUCAAAAGAAGCUCAUUAGGCUCAGAAGUAGAUGCAUGAGAAGAGUGAAGAGUUUAAAUUUGUGAAAAAGAGAUAAAAAAUACAAAAGAAUAAUCCAGAAGAAAGAGAGGAAAGGGAAUGAAUUAGGUGUACGAAAAGUUCAAGGUCUUUAAGGAGACUGAAACCCUCAACCCUUUAUUAUACGACUAUUAUAACCAAGGUAAUUUAUAAUAAAACUACACCUGAAAAUCAUACCCCAAUUGCCCCCAAACCCCCUGGAAGUCUCGAAUAAAUUAAAAACCCAAAA